CUCGUGCAUCGCUUCAAAUCGCUCGCAAUCGUCUUACGGAUGAUUUUGCGCUUUUUGAAUUUGUCCCCGCACGGCGUGGAACUGUCCUUGUGAAUCUACUGCAGAAACGUUGCUAUCUAUAAAAAAUGGUGGAUAUCCCUUGGUUGAUGAGAUUAAAACGGAAGUGACAGAUGACGAUACAAUAGAAAUGGAUGAGCCUAAUUCCAAUCAUUCAAUGGAUACAGAGGAUUGUGAACCAAUACCAGAAUUGGGACCCGCAGCACUGGGUCUACAAAGGGUAGGAUCUCAACCACCUGCCAAGCCUACUCCUCCCACACAGCCAGUGCAGGUUCUAAAUCGAAGAGGAAUGCCAGCAAGAAUCAGGAAGAAGAACAAGUUAUUCUACGAUGACAUAUUGAUCAAUCACCCACAUCAUAGAGUUUAUAUCCGUAGAAUCAAGAAAGAUUCGAACGAUACAAAACAGUCUCCUAAAAAGAUAUUGCGAUCAUCACCAAUGAAAAGACAGACCAAGAUAUCAACAGAACCGAAAAAAAAUACAGCUAUAUCUUCACCAGCACGAACAACUCCUGUGACUACUCCGAUGGAACAAGAGAAAGAACCUGAGGACACAAAGCAUCCCAUCAUACCAUCGGACAAUAAAAUAGAAGAAAGAAAUGGAAUGAAACUGAGAAAUAUGUUAAAACUACCAAAGGCACAUAAAUGGAUUUGUUACGAGUUCUUCUACAGCAAUAUCGACAAAGUGUUGUUUGAAGGCGAUAAUGACUUCAUGGUGUGCUUAAAAGAAUCGUUUCCGCAAUUGAAAACUCGCAAUCUCACUCGUGUGGAAUGGUGUAAAAUCAGGAGAAUGAUGGGCAAACCACGUAGGUGUUCCCAGUCGUUCUUUGAAGAGGAAAGACGCGAGUUGGAGAGGAAAAGACAGAAGAUACGAUUGCUACAACAGAGAAAAACAGCGGAUAUAAGUCACUUCAAGGAUCUGCCACCUGAAAUACCGCUGCAAUUGGUAAUCGGUACAAAAGUCACGGCGAGAUUGAGAAAACCUCAGGACGGUCUCUAUACAGGCAGCAUCGAUGGCGUCGAUACUAGCAACAACACUUACAGAAUUACAUUUGCAAAGCCUGGACUUGGAACGCACAGUGUCCCCGAUUACGAAGUUUUAUCAAACGAAAUACCAGAAACCAUAAGCGUCGCAUCGUUCGCCAAGAAAUUCCGGCCACAGACUCUACGGUACAUAGCAUCGCCACCGUACACGAUGAAGUUGUCCCCGCGAUCGAUGAAGCUGUCGAACGACCCUUUGAUAUCCAACGCUUCUAUGUGCAUACCAAAGAAACCACAGAUUGGUGGCACACUGAAUGGUUAUCCGUUGAAGUUACUCGAACUUAUGGUAAAGGUGAACAAAAUAUUAACAUCGAAGAAGACCAAAAUCAAGAAAUUAAGGGAAAUGAAUGGCGAGGCUGAGAAAAAGCGCUCUUUCGGAGAAUCAUUUUCUCCUGAUUUCGAAAGAAGAUACGCAGGAAUUGUUGUUGAAUUAGAAAGAAUGAACGGAGCUCUUCAAGAUUUUUUGAACGACAUACAAGAGUUGUGUCAGGAAAUGGCACCCGAGCCCAGCGUAGCGGCUAUGCUGGCACCGUCGCAUCUUCGAGAAAAGUGUCGGCAGGAGGCGGCGGAUUUGGUUGCUAGAAAUAACAUGCUAAACGAUAGAGCGCCUGGGAAAAUGAAUCAACUAGUAACGGAUCUGACUGCGUUGAUGUUACAAGUAAAGAGCUUGUCAGAUUCCGAUCAAAAUGCGUACGAACUGAAGGUGUUACAAGGUACCAUGGAACAGAUUAGAUCGAAGCUCACUCCGCAAAAUCAACAAGUAUUUCAGAACUGCGUGGAAAUUCACAUGCAGCACAUUCAGCUGGGCCUAGGGCAGAUGGGUGCUUUAACGCCGUUUAUGGCUCAAAGAACCUGAAAAGAAGACGAAAGUACUAUCGUAUAAGUGUUCUCACACAGAUAUAUAAUUGACGAACGAUGAAGACGGUCACGAUUUUUUAUACGAUAUAUAAAAAACUAACUUUAUUUUCUCAUCGUGUAUAGUUCACAUUAUCACGUAAAUCAUGUCUCUAAGGAAUACAAUAGAGUUUAAGCAGUUUAUGUGUUAGUUUUGUAUAUAUCACGGGAUAUAUACAUGUAUAUAUAUCUCCGAAUUUUUCUCUUGUGUUCUCUUCUUGAUUUCGUAGUAUAUAUUCGUAAAAAUAUUUGAGACAAAAUCGGUAUAUUGUUAAAUAUUAAACGUUAGACACCUAAGAGAAUGUUCAUGUUUCAGAUUUUUACAUGCUAGGUGUAUAAUUCUAUUAUAAGCAUAACACAAACUACAAUCGAUUCUGUAAUGUAACAGUACAAUGUGCUAAUAUAUAUAUAUAUAGUGAAAAAAUUAAAUUUAUUCAAAUAUAAAGAAAUUGGCUAGUGUAAUUGUGGUGAGUUUAUAUAAAUAAUAUAUAUAAUAAUAUAAUAUAAUUUGCGUGUGUGUAUCAAGACAAGUGCAAACGUAACUUAAGAAUUUAAUUCACUUAUGAGAGGUUUAAUAAUUGCACAAAUUGAACAUUUUUUAAAUGAUUACGUCUGGAAAGUCACUUGACACUAGUUAUUUUUUAUCUUUAGGUCAUUAUAUUCUCCUUAUUAGUCAUUUAUAUUUCUCCUUAUACAUAUAUUUAUAU